AUGCUAGCCGAUUAUUGGUCAUGGCUGCUCACGGGCUCGGCUGGUGCGGUUGCUGAGCUGACUUUGGAUCCCAAACUUAAAUACUGGGUUCUGCUGCCCAUUUCGAUUGUCAUGGUCUUGGCAGGCGUUCUCCGUCAGUACAUUAUGGAUCUGAUCGGGCCCAAAACGAGCGGAAUGCCCCGAGUCAAGAUAACUGAGACCCAAUACCUCAAUAAGGCGCAGGCUUUUCUGGGCAAUGGGUCGAACCUCUCAGAAGAAUCAUUCCGUGCGAGACAAGAAUAUUUAACGCUAACGCUGUCUGAGGGUAAGUUUCUGGUGAAGACUGCUGCAGAAAAUGGCCAAGUGCAGAAUCCCUUCAAUGAUCCAAACAUCUCGGAUGCCAUGAUGAACAUGGCCAAGGGGAACCUGGCAAGUUUUAUUCCGCAAACGAUAAUUAUGUGGUGGGUUAACCAUUUCUUCGCUGGCUUUGUGCUUAUGAAGCUACCAUUCCCGCUCACACCGAGAUUUAAGGAAAUGUUGCAGAGCGGUGUCAUGACCUCAGACCUGGAUGUCCGCUGGGUCAGCAGCAUAUCGUGGUAUUUCAUAUCAGUUUUAGGUCUGAACCCGGUUUACAACCUCAUCCUGUCAAAUCCAAACGAAGAUCAGCUGGGGAUCAUGCAGCAGCAGGAUCCUAUGGGAGGCAUGCCGGGCCAGCCUCAGCCAGAAGCCAUCGCCAAGAGUCUCGCCAGCGAUCUGACAAUCGCCCAGCAUGAAAGCUGUUUUGAAAACAUCGAACAAAGAGUGCUCGACAAGUACUCGAAGUGA